AUGUUGGCAAUGGACAAGUCACCAAAAAGUACAAAUGGCUGUGAAGAUGAGUGUGAUACAGAUGCUCUUAAAUCGGAGGCUGAAGAUGAUAAAGGUGGAUUGGAGGCGAAGAUGUCACUGCUGAACGGAAUCACGGUUAUCGUAGGUUCGAUUAUCGGCAGUGGCAUUUUUGUGUCACCCACUGGCGUUUUGAAGUAUACGGGAAGUGUCAAUGCUAGUCUUCUUGUUUGGAUAACAUCAGGAGUUUUCAGUAUGGUUGGUGCCUACUGCUAUGCUGAGUUGGGUACUAUGAUUCGACAGAGCGGUGCGGAUUAUGCCUACAUCAUGGAGACAUUUGGGCCCUUCGCUGCCUUUAUUCGAUUGUGGAUCGAAUGUAUGAUUGUGAGACCUUGUUCGCAGGCGAUCGUGGCGCUGACAUUCAGUGUGUACGUCCUGAAGCCGAUAUUCCCAGAAUGUCAACCACCCGACGAGGCCACUAGAUUACUGGCUGCUUGCUGCAUAUUGCUAUUGACAUUUAUAAACUGUUGGUCUGUACGUGCGGCAACGAGGGUGCAAGACUGGUUCACGUACGCAAAGCUCUUGGCGCUCUUCAUCAUCAUCGCUGCUGGAAUGUACCAACUGUGCACAGGGCACGUAGAGCAUUUCACAUUUGAAGGUACAACUGAUGACGUCACUUCCAUUGCGUUAUCAUUCUAUUCUGGUCUCUUCGCUUAUAACGGAUGGAACUACUUAAAUUUCAUAAUAGAAGAACUUAAGGACCCGGUCCGGAACUUACCUCGUGCCAUCGCUAUUUCCUGUACUCUUGUGACCAUCGUCUAUACACUCACUAAUGUGGCCUUUUACACCACACUUUCUCCUACUGAGGUCCUCGGUUCAGCCGCGGUAGCAGUAACAUUCGCUGAGCGAUUGUUCGGUGCAUUUGCACUAUGCAUACCUUUGUUCGUAGCUGCUUCUACAUUUGGCGCUGUCAACGGAGUGUUACUUACGUCUUCAAGAUUAUUCUACGCGGGCGCAGCGCAAGGCCAAAUGCCUGCGAUGUUAACGAUGGUGUCUUCUCGUGCGACACCUGUGCCUGCUGUAUUAGCCGUGGCGCUUUUGUCGCUUCUCUACUUAACUGUAUCAGACAUUCAGGCUCUUAUUAACUAUGUUGGAUUUGCUACAUGGUUGAGUAUCGGAGCGGCCGUGCUAUGUCUGCCGGUUCUGCGGUAUACACAGCCAAAUCUUGAACGACCCAUCAAAGUCAACCUUUUCUUCCCUAUCCUCUACAUAAUCUGCACAAUCCUAGUAGUGGCAUUUCCAGCUGUAGCGUCUCCAGCUGAAACGGGCGUCGGCUGUCUCAUGAUACUUACAGCUGUACCGGUUUAUUUACUUCUGUUGGAGCCUAGGACGAGGCUGACUGGACUCGGAUCUCUUACUGAUGCAGCAACGCGUUUAAUACAGAAGUUAACAUUAUCGGUGCGACCAAAAACAAAGGUUGGUUUACGCGAAUUUAUUCAAAUUAAUAAAUUAUAUAAAUUGAUGAAUGACCCGUCAACACGUUUUGACACUCAAACUCAAAUUCAAAAUAACGGGAAAUUCGAUAAAUACACGAGUCGAAUCUAG